AUGAUCACAAGACCUCCGGCGAGGCCGCAGUCGUUGCUGCGGGCCUUUGUCAAGCAAUCAAAUCCCGCGCCCUCCUCCUUUCUGAAGAGACAGAUCCGCAGAAAACACACCGUCCCCGUCUGGGCCAACCAGGGGAAACAGGAAUUCUUCUCCCGCCACGGCGUCCCCGGCUUCCUGAGUGCAGAAACCUACCAAGAGACCUACAUGAAAUACACCCAACACCUAUGCGACCGCCUCAACGAGCUCGUAUUAGGAACGGCAGACGAGUCCUCCUCGACCUAUGACUUGCACGCAAAAUGCGCCCAUCGCUCCGAUCGGGCACAUCUCUACAAUCUCGCCGCCAUGGUCGAAUUCACGCGGUUCUUUUGGGAGUACCUGACCGAGAAGGAUGAUCCGGCGAUCCACAAACCGGGGCUCAACACCAUGAGAAGCAUUGAGGCCAGCUUCGGCAGUGUGGAGAAUUUAAGGGAAGAGAUGCUCGAGACCGCGGACGCCAUGUUCGGCAACGGAUUCGUGUGGUUGAUGAAAGGGAAGAAUGUGGGCGACAUGCGCAUUCUGGCCACGUACAAUGCCGGUUCUCCAUACCCCGAUGCGGCACCCAGACGGGAUGAUAAGGACAUGGCGACCUUCGAUGGGCGUACGCUCUCGGAUCAACUCUCCGGUCGCGGAGGACUGGGAUUGCCGAGCUUGGAAGAACGAAACAUUUCGACAGGCAACUCGACGGCGGGCUCGUUUGGCGAUUUCAGCUCUUCACGUGCCAACCUCUACUCGGGUGCGCUGGAUAUGCAACCUAUCUUGUGUGUCAAUGUGUGGGAACAUCAAUGGCUCAGAGACUAUGGCCUACUGGGCAAAAAAUGGUACUUGGGCGCGUGGUGGGAUCGCGUUGACUGGCAAAAGGUGGAGAGUCAACAUGCCUUGUACGAGACGGGCGGAGAGUGGAGUGACUAUUGGUCAAGUGGCAGCAAGUCGCCGUAUGCGAUGUCAGGGGGUUCGAGUGUGUUGGAUGCUCUGAGAAGGUAG